UUUGUGAAAAUGAGUAUCCCAAAAUAAACCGGCUUCGCCUAGAGAAGACCUUGCUCUCAUCUACCCGACUGCCGUCCUUGUAUCUAUGGCAACAAGACAGCCAGUUUCUCCAUGUAUUGAACGAAACCGAUCAAGUAUAUUCACUAAUGGGGGAUUCGGUGUAAAAUUGAAUUCAGCUUCCUCAUGAUUUUAACCUUUUUCUCCUCCCUCUGUUUCAUCGCAUCGCAAUUCUACGACAUCGACACACCUAUUUCUCCUUUAAUUUCUGCAUCAGCAAUGAACAGCGGACCAGGACUCUUCUCUAAUUUUGGCAAAAAAACAAAAGAUCUGCUGAUGAGAGACUACCCGUCGGAUCAGAAAAUUUCCGUUUCAACGACCAGUGUCACCGGAGUGACACUUACAUCAACUGCAACAAAUAAAGGCGGUGAGUCAACCGGGGAUGUCGGAGCAAUGUACAAACACAAGAGCACGUUAAUUAAUGUCAAAUUCGACGCACAAUCGAAUAUUACAAUGACCUUAACAUUAAAGGAUAUUGCGCCCUCAACGAAUACCACUGCUUCUUUCAAGCUGAAUAACUACAAAUCCAGCAAGAUUGCAACGACAUUAACUUCCACAGAUAUUUUUUUCCCUUCAACAAAGGCAAUUGCUUCAUUAGAACUGCCUGAUUUUAGAUCUGGAAAGCUUGAUGUUCACUACUUUCAUCACCAUGCUACUUUAACAUCAACAGUUGCCUUGAAUCACUCUCCAACCAUUAACAUUUCAGCAACAAUCGGGACUCCAAUUUUCGCCAUGGGUGCAAAGGUAGGCUAUGAGACACCUUCAUGUAAGUUCACAGACUUCACUGUUGGCAUCAGAGUUAACAUACCAGAUUCUACUGCUUCCAUAGUUCUGAGUGACAAAGGGGACACGAUUAGAGCAUCCUGUAUACACCAUUUUGAUCGAUUUAAAAAGUCUGCUGUUGCAGGGGAGUUUAGCAGAAGGUUAAAGACAAAAAAAACCAGAUUCACAAUUGGAGGGUGUUAUGCAGUUGAUGGUCAAACAAUGGUCAAGGCCAAGUUGACCAAUCAUGGAAAGCUAAGUGUCCUUUUGAAACAUGAGAUUAUUCCCAAAUCAUUCGUCACAUUAUCCAGUGAGCUCGAUACCCAAGCCUUGCACAAAAUUCCUAGGUUCGGUUUGGCUCUUGUUCUUAAACAUUGAUUGAAAUUAUGUAAAAAUAUUUGUACUAUAUAAGUUUAUCAAAUGCC